UUUAACAGCCCAUUCGGAAAUCUCAAAGAACAAACCGCUUUCUUCGCCUUGGUAAUUCCAUAGCCUCCAGAAGCACUAGCUAACCAGUGUUACAGGCAAGAUGAAACUUAUACGCAGUGUCUUAUGGGCUGCCAAUGCUUUCAGAUUACAUUCUUCUCAUCAUCCUCAAGCUUUCAGGACCUUUUCUGCGUUUCCAAAUUAUGGUAUUCAAGGGAAGACUGAAAGCAAAAUAUGCAGUAAUCAGCACUCAGUCUUGGGAAUGAAUGUUUAUUCACCAUAUAAUGCUGGGAGGAGGUGUUUCAUACAUUCUGAAAGCCCAAAGGAAGCUGAGAUGGGAAACAAUUCUAGACCAAUGGACUUUGUUAGAGGACUUACGGAGGACAAUACGAGGGGUAUUCUGGGUGGUGCUCCACUUUCUAGGUAUCAUGUCGAGCAGGAUGCUGAUAUUGUUCAUAUAAAGGUUCUUCGCAACAACGCCUUUGUUACUGUGACGGAUUCAAAAGGGAACAAAAAGUUUGGGGCUACUGCAGGUAAGAUAACAGGAAAAGGAACAAAAAUUGCAAGAUAUGCUGCUGAAUCAACUGCAGAACAUGUUGGGCGUGAAGCCAGAGACCGGGGCUUGAGGUCAGUGGUCAUGAAAGUAAAUGGCUUUACUUUCUUUAAGAAAAAGAAACAAGCAAUUCUAAGCUUCAGAGAGGGCUAUACUCAUUCUCGUGGAGAUAAGAAUCCUGUGGUAUUCAUUGAGGACACAACACGACGUCCCCAUAAUGGAUGCCGCCUUCCAAAGAAGCGGCGCAUCUAAUUGCUAAUUGGAUGAUCAAUAUGUGCGGUGAUUUGGAAUGCGAUGAGUUAUUUAGUCUUAAAUGUUUACAGAGAAUGAAAUCCUUUCUACUUAAAUAAAUAGUCCCUGCUGGUUUUGGAGGCCUUUAGCUGUCAGUACAUGGAGUAGGCUGCUUCCUGCUUAUCAAUUUACAGUGCAACAACAACAACAACAACAACCCAGUGAAAUCCCAGGGUAGUGUGUACGCAGACCUUACCCCUUUCCCGAUGGGUAGAGAGGGGGUAGAGAGGCUGUUUCCGAAUAUCAGUUAACAGUGCAUCUGAUGUAAUAUGGAUUAUCCACAAUGUCAAAUAGCGAAUAGGCUUUUGUUUGUACUAUUGGUAUGAAGUUGUUUUUGAAAGAUUUUCUGAAUCGUCGUCUGUUCAGACCCUUUUAGAGUAUUUGUUAACUGAGAAUUUUGGAUUUAUUUGUGUUUAUUUGUAGUGUCUCGGUUCUGUUAGUUAUGAUAUAGUACGAUUUGCUUAUA